GGAGACCGAGAACGAUACAUGUACCCUUAAGGCUUCUAAGACAUAUCAUCACACUACAGUGCUUUUAAUACUUGCCGUAGUUGAUUAAGAAGAAAGAGCUUGCAAAAUUUGGGCUCAGUUUCGCGAACAUGUGCCAACCUCGUCACCCCUCCAUGCACGUCAUCGGAAGCGCGGCAUUAAGCGGGGCAUUGUGGCUUUAUUCGUCGGGCUGAGGUCAUGCGCCACUUUACUACGUAAACAGCAGCCUGAGUCCAUAAGCGCGAACAGUUAACGCAGGCUCUUACUGCGCUGAGCUGCAACAUCGUCCAUUUCCUCAUUUCCUCUACAUCCCGCGAUCAUGGGCGUCUCCUCACAGUACGUGCUGCUUAUCGCUAUCGCGAUCCUCGUCCUACUCCCAGCCGGCGCAGACGCUUUCGGUGCUGGAAACAUCGCAUCCAUAUCGAAAAUCGAGGGCAAGAACUGGCGUCAUGGCGAUAUCGAAGACAUGCUUGCGACGGUCGCUUGCUUGAAGGGUCACAAGUGGAAGAGUAACAUGAUCAAGCGUGUGUACUUUGGCAACUGGCUACGCGAUUACUCACAAGCUGUUGAUGUUGGAACGUUGGCAAAAGUUCAGGGAGAAACCAUCCGUGUUUUAGUCUGGGUCUUGUCUUUCAUGUCCUUUGGCUAUGCAACUGGAGAGUUUGAAGUCACAGCCGAGAGACUAGGUGUUUAUAGGCCCGAAGAACACAUCGAUAACCCUAAGGACUAUGCCGACAAUGAGGACGCAAGGAAAUACGACCCUCGUCUGCGAGGUCCAGUGUCAGAUGCCGAGCUUGCAGUGGACCCAAACACUGGUAUGAAGAACUACAUCGCGAACGAACAUGGUAACUGGGCUACUUCGACCGGAUAUGUGAAGUACUCCUUUGCGCGCGCCAUCCACUUCGGUCGACUUUACACCCACGGACAGUCCGGCCAACGUGGACGGGACGAGGACCUAUCGGAAGCGCUUCGCUGCCUAGGUCAAGGACUGCACUGCCUUGAAGAUUUUGGAGCCCACACGAACUAUACUGAGCUCGUGCUACGUGAGCUUGGUUAUCAUAAUGUCUUUCCUCACGUGGGCGUUCAGGCCGGCAUCAACCUCCAUGGAAAGCACACAUAUCCUCUCGUGACUGGUACGUUCGGAGGUGUUGACUUCUUCCACUCAGUGCUAGGAGAAGCCAACGAUCACAUCACCCAGACUGAAAUCGACGAAGUUAAUACUGCUCUCGUAGAUGCAGUUGGCGGGUCUGGUGGACAGAGAAGUGGACCCGGAGGCCAAUCCAACGCUUGCAGUGGACUCAUUGAUGUUCUGAGCAAAGUCCCUGGUACUGGCGAUCUGAUUAGCCAAGCGCAGAGCCUGCAGGCCUCGUCAGAUGCUCAAGCUGCCGAGAACGCACGCGGUGGCUACGGUGAUUAUAGUUCGUCUAGAGCUGGACCCAACGACUUCGCUGCACCACCUGGAUCCAUGGGCGGACCACCAGGACCAGACAUCCCAGGAACGAACACUGAUCCAGCCACAAUCAUCCCAAAGAUUUACCCAAUUCUAGUUUUCCGGGACAACGUUGUCCGCAAGAUCUCGGCCAUCGUCUCCAAGAUCCCUGGUCUAGAGAAGCUGAUUGAGACCAUCACCGAGCGCGUCACUCUAUUUGUGCUAUCACUGCUUGCGCCCUUCAUUCUGCCCAUCAUCAAGACAGCAUCGUCUCAGCUGAAGAGCGGAUCUUCUGCCGUCAUUGACUCAGCGGCCAAGCACCAGUUUGAGGUCUGGACGGACCCUAGAUCCACCAACCCAACACACAGCAUGCUGUCCAAGGAUCACUUCUCCAACGUCUUGAACCCACCAGCCGGUCAAGUCGCGGUCGCUAUCCUACAGUACGUCGCGCCCCGCGUCAUAUACGCUUGGGACCACCCAGAUGUGCCGGUCGACGAGGUCCUGCACGACUGUAUGCGCGUGUUCCAUCACCCAGCACUUCGCGACCCGCACUGCGAGGUACACAACAACAUGUUCAAGGUCGUAGAGCAAUGGGCCCGCAACUACCGCGGAAAGGACCUGAACCAGAUCCUGUCCUCGGAAUCUGUAAAAGCUGGACAUAACCACAGCGGAGAUCACGAUCACUCUGCAGGCCACAGCCACGGUGCAGUGAACAUGUCGAGCUUCGGUGGCCAAAGCCAUAGCCAUGGCGGUGGUGGUGGUCAUCAACAGCAGUCCAGCGGAUCCGGCGACCUCCUAGGUUCCUUGUCAAGCAAGCUUCCCGGUCCUCUCGGCGGUAUGCUCAGCAGCUUCGGCGGCAGCUCUGGAAGAACUCGCGACAUGGACGAUGAACCCUCCGCUUCCUCUUUGGCAGCACCAGGUCCAUACCAGCCUUCGCCAUCGCCUCAGCCCUCGCAGUGGGCUGACUUCCAACCUUACCAGUCCUCCUACGCAGGUGAAGGUUAUCAGCCACCUGCCGAGUACAGCAACGCAGUGCCCUCUGGCGGAUAUGGAUGGGGUCAAGGCCAGUAUUCUGGAGGUCAAGGUGCGGAGCCUAGCUACACGGUUCCCACAAACUACCAGCAGGGUUACGAGAACUACAACACUGCCCCUGGAGGCUAUGGCCAGCCGCCAGCUCAACAGCCUCCGCCAGGAUCUUAUGGCGCUCACAAUCAGGGUGGCGCAUAUGGUUCGUAUGAUCAAGGUGCGCCAGGAGAAGGCAGCGCAAGGCCGUGGGGCGCUGGAGGAAACUCAGGUUGGUAAGCGCUGGCUCAAAUACCCAGGCGUUGACGGCUAUGAAGAGAGUGAGGCGUCCCUGGCGAGGCUUCCGGGUGGAUUUGUGCCUUGCAACAUCUCCAUAGAAUCAUGAAUAAUGCCAAACAUGACUUUUCAAUCCCGAUAACAAGUGAAGUGCGGUAGAGUAGAGAUUGUUAUAUCAUUGUUUCUCCCCCACAUCUCUGCGACGAACUUCAUGCCUUUUGAUUCCAACCUCUUUCUUGUAAAUACAUGUUAUCGAAGAAACGCUUUCCAAAACAGAUAGCCCCAAGCCAGAUGAUAUGCCAAAUGAACGCCGGCCGUUAUGCUAGCGUCUCGCGUUUCGUGAAUAUUCGGGGUGGUAUUGAUACAGGACACGCAAGCCAUUCUAUUUUCAUUUUAUCGUUGUAGAUGAUGACAUGUGCCCGAUUUACUCGUUGAUCUUGGCCAGGAGCCUG